GGGAGGGCGGGAGGGUGGGGGGAGGACUCGCGGACCGACCCGCGGACUGAUCGACGGACGGACCGACGGGCGGGCAUGCGAGCGGCUCGACUCUAGCCCGGGCUUGGAGCUCCGGCCGCAGCCAUGGAGCGGCGGCUGCGCGCGCUGGAGCGGCUGGCGCGGGGCGAGGCCGGCGGCGGCCCGGGGCUCGACGGCCUCCUGGAUCUGCUGCUGGGGCUGCACCACGAGCUCAGCAGCGCCCCCCUGCGGCGGGAGCGCAAUGUGGCGCAGUUCCUGAGCUGGGUCAGUCCCUUCGUAGCAAAGGUGAAAGAGCUGCGGCUGCAGAGAGACGACUUUGAGAUCUUGAAAGUGAUCGGCCGAGGGGCCUUCGGGGAGGUUGCUGUGGUGAGGCAGAGGGACAGUGGGCAGAUUUUUGCCAUGAAAAUGCUGCACAAGUGGGAGAUGCUGAAGCGGGCCGAGACGGCCUGUUUCCGGGAGGAGCGGGAUGUUCUGGUGAAGGGGGACAGCCGCUGGGUGACCGCUCUGCAUUAUGCUUUCCAAGAUGAGGAGUAUCUGUACCUGGUGAUGGAUUACUACGCUGGAGGGGACCUCCUCACUCUGCUGAGCCGCUUUGAAGACCGCCUCCCACCCGAGCUGGCCCAGUUCUACCUGGCUGAGAUGGUGCUGGCCAUCCACUCGCUGCAUCAGUUGGGCUAUGUCCACAGGGAUGUCAAGCCAGACAAUAUCCUGCUGGACAUGAACGGGCACAUCCGCUUGGCCGACUUUGGCUCCUGCCUACGUCUCAACAACAGUGGCAUGGUGGACUCAUCGGUGGCGGUGGGGACACCCGACUACAUCUCCCCUGAGAUCCUGCAGGCCAUGGAGGAGGGCAAGGGCCACUAUGGCCCACAGUGCGACUGGUGGUCCCUGGGGGUCUGUGCCUAUGAGCUGCUCUUCGGGGAGACGCCCUUCUAUGCUGAAUCUCUGGUGGAAACCUACGGCAAGAUCAUGAGCCACGAGGACCACCUGCAGUUCCCUGACGUGCCUGACGUGCCAGCCAGUGCCCAAGACCUGAUCCGCCAGCUGCUGUGCCACCAGGAGGCGCGUCUGGGCCGCAGAGGGCUGGACGACUUCCGGAACCACCCCUUCUUUGAAGGCGUGGACUGGGAGAGGCUGGCGACCAGCACUGCCCCCUAUAUCCCCGAGCUGCGCGGGCCCAUGGACACCUCCAACUUCGAUGUGGACGACGACACCCUCAACCAUCCAGGAACCCUGCCGCCACCCUCCCAUGGGACCUUCUUAGGCCACCACCUGCCAUUCGUGGGCUUCACCUACACCUCAGGCAGUCCCGGCCCUGAGAGCAGCUCUGAGCAGUUGGCUCCCCUGGAGCGGAAGCUCCGCUGUCUGGAGCAGGAGAAGCUGGAGCUCAGCCGGAAGCUCCAAGAGGCUCUGCAGACCCCCUCGGACCACCGGGAGCUGGAGCAGCUGCGGAAGGAAAUGCAGACUCUACAGGACAGGCUGUCAGAGACGCUGGGGGACAGCAAGGCAGACGGGUGUCCGGCUGGCAGCCCAGGCCAGGACAGUGACCUGCGGCAGGAGAGAGACCAGCUCCUCCAGGAGCUGGCCGAGGCUCGGGCGGGGCAGCAGGCACAGGCGCGGGAGCUUCGAGAGGCCAAGGGGCGGCAGGAGGAGCUGCUCCGGAAGCUGCAGGAGGCCCAGGAAAGAGAGGCGGCCAUGGCCAACCAGACCCAAGCCCUGAACUCCCAGCUGGAGGAAGCCCACGAUGCCCAGAGCAGGCUGCAAGCUCAGGUGGCCGCCCUGAAGCGAGAGGUGACUCAGCUCCAGAGGCAGCGGGAACGAAGCCCGGAGAAGGCGUCUCCCCAGGUCAAGGUGACCUUCCACACCGCCUCUGAGACCAACGGCACAGGGUCGCCUGAGGGUGGUGGGCCCCAGGAGACACAGCUGAAGCAGGAGGUGGCCGCGCUGCGUCCACAGCUGGAGCAGGCCCACUGCCAGGGACCAAGCGGCAAGGAGGAGGUGCUGUGCCGGCUGCAGGAGGAGAACCGGCGGCUGAGCCAGGAGCAGGAGCGGCUCAUGGAAGAGCUGGAGCGGGAACAGCAGAGCAAGCAAAGGCUGGAAGGUGAGCGGCGGGAGACGGAAAGCAACUGGGAGGCCCAGAUCGCCGACAUCCUCAGCUGGGUGAAUGAUGAGAAGGUGUCAAGAGGCUACCUGCAGGCCCUGGCCACCAAGAUGGCUGAAGAGCUGGAGUCCUUGCGGAACGUGGGCACCCAGACUCUCCCUUCCCGGCCGCUGGACCACCAGUGGAAGGCACGAAGGCUGCAGAAGAUGGAGGCGUCAGCCAGGCUGGGGCUGCAGUCAGCACUGGAGGCCGAGAUCCGGGCUAAGCAGGGCCUGCAGGAGCGGCUGACGCAGGCGCAGGAGGCCCAGCUGCGGGCUGAGAGCCGUCUGCAGGAGGCCGAGAAGCGGCACCAGGCCUUGCAGCAGGAGCUGGCAGCCCUGCGGGAGGAGCUGCGGGUGCGUGGGCCGCCGGACACCAAGGCUUCAAACUCCCUGAUUCCCUUCCUGUCCUUCCGGAGCUCAGAGAAGGAUUCCGCCAAAGAUGCAGGCACCUCCGGAGAGGCACCGGAGCUGAGGCCGGAGGGCCGCCGCAGCCUGCGGCUGGGGGCUGUGUUCCCCAGGACGCCUGCUGCCACCACACCCCCUGCAGAAAGUCCCCCUGCAAAGCCCGGCUCACACACGCUGCGUCCCUGGAGCUUCCCAUCCCCCACUAAGUGUCUCCGCUGCACCUCGCUGAUGCUGGGCCUGGGCCGCCAGGGCCUGGGCUGUGACGUUUGCGGCUACUUCUGUCACCCGACUUGUGCCCCACAGGCCCCCCCCUGUCCUGUGCCCCCUGCCCUCCUCCACACGGCCCUGGGAGUGCACCCUGAAACGGGCACGGGCACCGCCUACGAGGGCUUCCUGUCGGUGCCACGGCCCUCGGGUGUCCGGCGGGGCUGGCAGCGAGUGUUCGCCGCCCUCAGCGACUCACGCCUGCUGCUCUUUGAUGCCCCAGACCCGAAGCUCAGCCCGGCCAGUGGGGCCCUCCUGCAGGCUCUGGAUCUGAGGGACCCUCAGUUCUCAGCUGCCCCUGUCCUGGCCCCUGAUGUUAUCCACGCCCAAUCCAAGGACCUGCCUCGCAUCUUUAGGGUGACAGCCUCUCAGCUGACCGUGCCGCCUGCCACAUGCACCGUGCUGCUGCUGGCGGAGAGCGAGGGCGAGCGGGAGCGCUGGCUGCAGGUGCUGGGUGAGCUGCAGCGGUUGCUGCUGGACGCGCGGCCCCGGCCCCGGCCCGUGUACACCCUCAAGGAGGCCUACGACAACGGGCUGCCGCUGCUGCCCCACGCACUCUGCGCCGCCAUCGUUGACCAGGAACGGCUUGCUCUGGGCACUGAGGAAGGGCUGUUUGUGAUCCACCUGCAUAGUAACGACAUCUUCCAGGUGGGCGAGUGCCGGCGGGUGCAGCGGCUGGCCGUGAGCCCCGCUGCGGGCCUUCUGGUCGCUCUGUGUGGCCGAGGCCCCAGCGUGCGCCUCUUUGCCCUGGCAGAGCUGGAGAACGUGGAGGCAGCCAGCGCCAAGAUCCCCGAGUCUCGAGGCUGCCAGGCCCUGGCGGCCGGGCGCAUCCUGCAGGCCCGCACCCCCGUGCUCUGUGUGGCGGUCAAGCGCCAGGUGCUCUGCUACCAGCUGGGCCCAGGUCCAGGGCCCUGGCAGCGCCGCAUCCGUGAGCUGCAGGCACCAGCGCCCGUGCAGAGCCUGGGGCUCCUGGGCGAUCGGCUGUGCGUGGGUGCAGCUGGCACCUUCGCCCUCUACCCGCUGCUUAACGAGGCAGCACCUUUAGCGCUAGGUGCCGGUCUUGUGCCUGAGGAGCUGCCCCCGUCCCGCGGGGGCCUGGGCGAGGCCCUGGGCGCCGUGGAGCUCAGCCUCAGUGAGUUCCUGCUGCUCUUCACCACCGCCGGGGUCUACGUGGACAGCGCUGGCCGCAAGUCUCGCAUGCAAGAGCUGCUGUGGCCAGCAGCGCCCACGGGCUGGGGUUAUGCAGCCCCCUACCUGACAGUGUUCAGCGAGAAUGCCAUCGAUGUGUUUGAUGUGAGGAGGGCAGAAUGGGUCCAGACCGUGCCACUCAGGAAGGUGCGACCCCUGAACCCAGAGGGCUCCCUGUUCCUCUUUGGUACCGAGAAGGUCCGCCUGACCUACCUCAGGAACCCGCUGGCAGAGAAGGACGAGUUCGACAUCCCCAACCUCACGGACAACAGCCGGCGCCAGCUCUUCCGCACCAAGAGCAAGCGCCGCUUCUUCUUCCGCGUGUCGGAGGAGCAGCGGCAGCAGCAGCGCAGGGAGAUGCUGAAGGACCCUUUCGUGCGCUCCAAGCUCAUCUCAACACCCACCAACUUCAACCACCUGGUGCACGUGGGCCCUGAUGACGGGAGACCCAGCGCCAGGGACCUGCCCCCGGUGGCUGCGGAAGUGAAGGGACGAGGUGCCCGCGGCUCUGGCCCGCAGCGGCCCCACAGCUUCUCCGAGGCCUCGCGGCGCCCAGUCUCCAUGGGCAGUGACGGCCUCGCAAAAGACGCAGACCCCAGUAAGGACAGCCUCACCGCCUCCACUACCUCUGCGUCCCUCCCCUAUGUUUCCACCCUCUUUGGACGCUUCAAAUCUGACCCUGGAUUUUCGUCCCCUCGCUCAUCCUGCUCCUGGAGCAGUGAAGAGGAAGCCUUGGACAUCUCUGUCCAGCGAGUCUGUGUCCUGCCCCCAGGGAUCUCUGAGCCCUGCAGUCUCCCUGAUACAGGUCUCAGAACGACCCCGGAGCCUCCCCCCAGCCCCUGAAUCUGAGAGCUCCCCUUGAUGUCCUCUGGCAGGGCCCAACUCCCAGUCCCAGGACCCAGAGAGACAUGAGGGAGCAAAGAGCUUGAGGAAUGCCAAACUCCGGCUGGUCCGGGACAUGUGGAAAUUGGACUCAGGGAGUGUCUGGGCUGGGCAGCCGUGGCCUGGGUUUCCAGGCCCCUGCGGGCGGGAUAGGGGUGGGGGUCUGACUCCCAGCCCUCAUCCUGCCCUUCCCUCUGCUCGCAACCCCAACCUGUGCUAGCCACGAGGAAUAGGGUGGCCCCCUCCUGUUCUGGGGGCCCCUCUGCCCCAUCGUCCAGGGGUGAUUGUGCCAAAGUUCUCAUCUCCAGGGCCAAGCCCCAGGAGGCCUAUGAGAGUCUGGAUGUGGGACAGAGAAAGGCUGGACCCCUGGGAGCAAGCUGGGGUCUUGGCUGUGGACUAAAGCCCAGCAAGGCCAAGUAGGGGCAUAUCCCAGACUCCACUCAGGGGCAGGGUAGGAAAGACAGACUCUGAUCAAGAGGCCAAGGUAGAGAAGGAGAGAGGAUGUCGGUGAAGGUGGUGAGAGAGGCACAAGGGGGGAAAGGAAGUGCAGGAGGAGAGGAUAGUGAUUGGAAGGAGGUUGAGAGCCAGCCAGAGGAGAAGGAGAAGGAGAGAAGGGUAAAGGACAAGCAAUGGAGAAGAGAGAGGCCAAAGGAGAGGGCUGGAGGGAGUGGGAGCUGGGAGAGCACAAGCCCAGGCCCCUUCUCUCUGCAGGGAGGCAGUGGGGCUGGAAGAGGGAGGGGCCCCAAGAGCCAGCUAGCAUCCAUUAGUCAUCUAAUCCGUCCAGGAGGAAGCAGACUCCCAGUCAGGGGUGGGAUGGGGGGUAUUUAUAAGGGCUACUUGGUGAGAGGUGGGCACCCUUUGGGUCUCCAGGCACACUCUGGCCCUUCCCAGAAAGGGGACGGGUCCUUUUUCUCAAAGCUUUAACCACCUGUGUAUUAGGGGAUCAUAGGAGCAUUUUAUUAUUGAUCACAGUCAUUAUUAUUUUAUUAUAUUACUAUUUUUAUUAAACGUCCCCCUACGGUUGAGUAGGGGGCAAAAUAAGUAUUUAUCUUCUCAAAUGCCAUAUGCCCGGGAGGGAUCAACCCUGACGCUCUGUGAGGCAGUAAGAACCAAUAAAAACAGCUUUGUAAGCUG